AUCACACAAUUAUGGCUAUGGGAUCGAGAUAUAAGUGAAUAUCUGGCUGUUGAAUGUGCGAUUGACGAGAACAGCGAUACGAGAAGAUACUUCAUUUACUUAGAGUGGUUCAUUCACGGCAUUCCUUGGUUAAUAACGAGUUCAUUAUCAUUCAUUGUUUUGAUGCGACAAAACGCCGAUCCCGAAAUUACGUAUGAUGUCGGUGUGAUUUUAUUUGGUAUUUGCAUUGAUCUCAUAGCUGUUGGCAUAAUCAAAUGUGCAGUUCGCAGAGAGCGUCCUCAUUAUAAUAAGAACGACCAGGUUUAUGAGGCACCAAUCGCUGACCAAUACUCAUUCCCGUCUGGACAUUCGUCCAGAAGUGCGAUGCUCUCUGUUUUCGGGUAUUGUCAUUUCAGCAUGCAUUCAUUGAUAAUGUAA